CCCGCCAAUGGCUCUAGACUAGAGCUCCCUCGCUGAACCCGAGUGGAUCCGGUUUUGCGGGCUCUUGCGCUGCAGCUGCUGCUGCUGCGGAAGUCUGGCCAGCUGGCUCUGGGUGCGGAUCCUACUCCUGCUGCUUGGCGUCCCCGAUUUCAUCAUGUGCUCUUCAAAAUCUAGGAAGAAGUCCUCCCAGUCCAGCCACAGAAUGUUUUCUUAGCACCAGACAGCUAUCACAAGGGGCUCAGACUGGGCUUCUGAUCCAGCAGAAGUGUGGUUGACCCAUUGACCCAUUCACUGAGGCAAUGGACACCCACGUGGACUUGCUGACCGAGCUCCAGCUGCUGGAUAAGGUGCCCACACUGGAGCGGCUCCGGGCAGCUCAGAAGCGCAGAGCUCAGCAGCUGAAGAAGUGGGCACAGUAUGAAAAAGAGAUGCAGCACAAGAAGAGAAAGCAUGAGAAGAAGAGAAAUGCUGUCAGCCGCAAGAAGGUUUCCUUUGAGGCUAGUGUUGCAUUGCUGGAAGCAUCGUUAAGAAAUGACAUUGAAGAGGUCUGUUAUUUAUUGAACAACAGCUUUAGUCCAGACCUGUGCAAUGAAGAUGGAUUAACUGCACUGCAUCAGUGCUGCAUAGAUAACUAUGAGGAGAUAGUUAAGCUUCUUCUGAACCAUGGGGCCGAUGUUAAUGCAAAGGACAAUGAACUGUGGACUCCUCUGCAUGCAGCUGCAACAUGUGGACAUAUCAAUCUGGUGAAGAUCCUAAUUCAGCAUGGGGCAGACUUGCUGGCAGUGAACGCAGAUGGCAACAUGCCAUAUGACCUCUGUGAGGAUGAACCAACUCUAGACGUCAUUGAGACUUGCAUGGCAUACCAGGGCAUCACACAAGAGAAAAUCAAUGAGACACGAGCAGCCCCAGAACAAACAAUGGUUGAUGAUAUCACAGAGCUGAUAGCAACUGGGCAAGAACUGAACAGAAUGGAUGCUCAAGGUGCUACUUUGUUACAUAUUGCUGCAGCCAAUGGAUAUCUACACGCGGCAGAGAUCCUUCUAGACCAUGGAGCAAAAUUGGACCUCAAGGACUGGGAUGGCUGGGAACCCCUCCAUGCUGCUGCUUUCUGGGGACAUAUGCAGAUGGCAGAAUUGUUAGUGUCACAUGGUGCAAGUCUGAGUGCCCGAACAGCCAUGGAUGAGAUGCCAAUAGACCUCUGUGAAGAAGAAGAAUUUAAGGUUCUGCUCUUAGAACUGAAGCACAAACAUGAUGUCAUCAUGAAAUCUCAGAUGAGACACAAGUCCUCCUUGAGCCGGAGAACCUCAAGCACUGGAAGCAGAGGAAAAGUGGUGCGAAGGGCAAGUCUUUCUGACAGAACAAACCUUUACAGAAAGGAGUAUGAGAAGGAAGCCAUUAUCUGGCAACAAAUAGAAUCUUCAGAAGAGCAAAGAACCACCGAUUAUAAUGGGGACAUCCGGGAGUCUUGCUCCAACCAAGAGAACACAGAUCCAGUAAGAGACAAAAACUCUACAGUAGAUAUGUCCACAGUUCUUCCAGAGUUGGUAACCAAAAGUACACAGUGUGACUCGAACACUCUGCUCCAAAAUGGACUCAGUUUAUCCUCCACUGCUUACCAAUACACUGUCCCCAAUGGAGAUAUUUGGAAGAUGCAUUCUGCUUUGGACAAUGAUGCAAGCCAAGCAUUGCCCUAUGAUGCUCCUGCAGUCUCUGACUCUCAUCAGAUCUGGGGUGGCUACAAAGAAAGGAGUCACCAAACUCUCUCUGAGCUGAAACGGCAGCGAGCAGCAGCCAAGCUUCUCAACCACCCCUUCAUCAGUACACACUUUGGUAGCAAUGUGGGAAGUACAACAGAAAAUGUGGGAGAAGCAAAAGAGCACUUGAUUAGCUCCAGGACUCCUACCUAUACAUCCAAUGGGACUUCAGUUUAUUACACAGUAUCAAGCGGUGAUCCACCUCUCUUAAAAUUCAAAGCUCCCAUGGAAGAAAUGGAGGAGAAAGUGCAUGGGUGUUGCAGGAUUUCCUGAUCUAAAUUCAUUCCUCACUGAUGGAAAUACCAAGCUGGGUGGGCAUGUUACAUCCAUUACUGAACCUUGGUUUUAACCAUUGCUAAAUGGGAGAACCUGAAUUGGUCAUUCCAGGCCAGGUUCUACCAGGCUUAUUCAUUUAUAGUACCUUACUUUGCUUUUGCAGUUCCACUGAAAUCAACAAGUACAGGUGGGAAAGAGAAGUCCAUAGGGAAAAUUCCUUAUUAAAAA